AUGUCGAAGAAGAGAAAGUACAGUGAAAAUUAUGUAGCUUUUGGUUUUACCUUUAUUACUGAUAGUGAUGGCAGCAAAAGGCCGCAAUGUUUUCUAUGUGGUAAAGUCCUUGCCAAUGCAAGUUUGAAGCCAGCGAAACUGAAAGAGCACCUCAUAUCUAUUCAUCCUAAAAAUGCACUGGAUAGUGUUGAUUCUUUUCGUUCUAAGAAGGCUCGAUUUGAGAAAUCAGGGACUUUGCCGAAGUUCGGAUUCAUCAAGACGCAGAAGCCUUGCCUUGAAGCAUCUUAUAAGGUCGCUUACCGCAUUGCCAAGGCAAAGAAAGCUCACACUAUCGGAGAGACAUUGAUAAAACCGUGUGCUCUGGAAAUGACUGAGCUAGUAUGUGGCACAGAACAAAGAAAGAAACUUGAAGCCGUUUCCUUGUCAAACGAUACCAUCAGCUCCAGAAUUAUUGACAUUUCUAAUAAUAUUCUGAAACAAGUAAUGGAGGAACUUAAAGCAUCACCAUUUCCAUUUAGCAUGCAACUGGAUGAAAGCACAGAUGUCUCUCAGUGUGCCCAGCUUCUUGUAUAUGUUCGUUAUAUGCACGCUGAUGCAAUUAAAGAAGAAUUCCUAUUUUGCGAGCCUCUCUCAGAAACUACAAAGGCUGCAGACGUAUUAGAGAUGGUGAACAAUUUCUUUGCCAAACAAGACUUCAAUUGGAAGAGAAAUAUUGGUAGUUUGUGUACCGACGGAGCGCCCGCAAUGCUUGGAAAAACCUCAGGGUUUGCUUCGUUGGUAAAGAAAGAAGCUCCUCACAUCAUUGUGACUCAUUGCUUUCUACAUCGACAUGCAUUGGCAUCAAAAACUCUAUCACCAGCUUUAAAAGAAAUUUUGUCUGUUUCUGUAAAGAUCGUCAACUUUGUCAGAGCUCGAGCUUUAAACAAUCGUAUAUUCAAAAGACUUUGCCAAGAAAUGGGUGCACAACAUGAAGUACUUUUGUACCACACUGAAGUUCGCUGGCUUUCGAGAGGUCAAGUUUUGAAGCGUUUGAUGGAACUGAGAAAGGAAGUUUCAUUCUUCUUACGAGAAAAACAAAAUCCUCUAUCAGUGCAAUUUGACAGAAAGGAGUUUCUUUAUGGCUUAGCUUACUUGGCAGAUAUUUUCGGUCAUUUGAAUGAAGUAAAUCUGUCAUUUCAAGGACCAGAUGUAACGAUUAUGGACGUUACAGAAAGACUGCAGGCUUUUCAAGCAAAGCUUCCUUUGUGGAAAAGAAGACUUGAGACAGACAACUUUGCCAACUUCCCAAUGCUGGAGGAAGUGAUCUCUCAAACUCGAAUCGAUAAUACUGAAGCCCUGCUUUCCUCUCUACGUGGAAAUAUGUGCGAAAAUUUAGACAGAUUGCAGCAAUCUUUUGAAAGUUAUUGCUCACAUGAUCCGAAUUUUGAAUUGUGGAUUCGCAACCCAUUUCUUGCAGAUCUAAAUUCUAUUGGUGAUGACGAUCUUGCCAAAGAUGACCUCAUUGAGUUGAGGACAAUGCAAAUGCUAAGGAGCGAAUUCAAUUCAAAGAACCUUGCAGAAUUCUGGUGUUCCUUGGCACAAGCGUAUCCUCGCCUGGUGAAGAGAGCCAUGGUUUCUCUUAUUCCUUUUGCUACUACCUACCUCUGUGAGGCAGGGUUUUCUGCUCUUCUUGCUAUCAAAACGAAACAGCGAAAUCGGUUGGAUGCUAAGGACAACAUGCGUGUGGCCCUGGCAAAAACCGUCCCACAAUUUCGUGUUCUUGUUGAAGAUAAGCAGGAGCAACCUUCGCAUUGA